GUUCCAAGAUCCUGAACAUCCCGAUGUCUCUUACUCCCCUGAUUUCGAUACUUAAUAAAACCUUGCAACAAAAUUAGAGCUAUUUCACGACCUACCGCAUAGUUUCACUUAUAUGUCUAUGAAUAAGCGAUUAAAGACAAAUCAUGUUACUGUAGAAAUAGAGGAUGAAGAUGAGGACGAGUUUAUGUUCGAUGACGAUAUCGAUAUCGAAAAUGUUAACAUAUCAGCGAUACUUGAAGCAAAGAAAAAGAGAGAAGCGAAAGCUGAUGCAGGUAGCUCUGCCACUCAAACACCCGUCCAAAUUUCAAGUUUUGUGCCUGAAGCAGCAGACAGUCAACAGCGUAUUUAUAGUACCACUAGACGAAAGUUUAGUAGAUAUCUGGUGGCUAACGUAACUCACGGCCAAUAUACGUUGAACGAUGAUAGUUACCCAGAGAAAGUCUUAACAUUAUCAGAAGAGUGUGCAAACUGCUCAGCUAUUGCAAGGCUUCGUCAAGAUUGGAAAAACACGAUAGUAGCAGUGGGAGACGUGAUUCACAUUCCCUAUAUUCAAAACGCUAGAGAAAUCAUAAUUGACAAUGAGAACAACUUUAUUAUCGUAAAUCCUGACCAGCUAAUCUCAUGUACUGCAGUUGCCGAUAGUUUUGCAUGCUUACGAAAAUCGGUUAUGCAAAUGAAAGUGAAAGGAGCUAGCGAGUAUAGCGAAGCGCUUGUUCAUGGCAAUAUAAUACACAAGGUGCUGCAAAACGCAUUAGAAAGCGAUGAUUUCUCAAUCGAAAAUAUUCGAAAAAACUUAGAAUUGGUGGUACAAAAUUCUUUAGAGGAUUUGUACGCAAUCAGUCAAGAUGAAAAGAUAGCUAUGGCUGUUCUCGGAAACUAUGUAGAUAGUAUUCACAACUUUGGCGCAACUUUCGUGAAUGAUAAUCCAAAACCAAACGCACGAUUGAGUACUGAUAUAGGACCUGAUGCAUUAAAAGAGAUGGGCUGUGAUUCAAUUGCUAUUUCGAAAGUCUUGGAUAUUGAAGAGCACUUAUGGAGCCCUACUUUUGGGUUAAAGGGUAUGGUAGAUGCGUCGGUCCAACUGAAGCUGAGCCCAACUAAAAAGGUCUUGACUGUUCCCUUUGAAUUAAAAACCGGAAGAACCUCUGCAUUCCUUACAAAUCGUGCGCAAACUCUAUUAUAUACGCUACUGAUGAGCGAUAGAUACGACGUUGAUAUCCAGGCCGGUGUACUGUACUACUCAAAAACCAACAGCUUAUACGUAGUACCUUCUGCACGCAGCGACAUUCGGUUAUUAAUCAUGGCUAGAAAUGAACUAGCUGUUGCUUUUAAACAUAAGGCAUCGCUGCCAGCAAUGAUAAAGGAUAGUCAUACCUGCCAACAUUGUUUCCUAAAUGACACUUGCAGCAUAUACCACAAAGCCAUAGAAAAUGGAACAGGUGAAACGAGUGGAUUAUACAAACUUUUUGAAGAAAAGACUGACCAUAUGACAGAGGCUACUUGCGCCUUCUUCAAACAUUGGUGGCAACUGUUAGAGAAAGAAGAGAGCAACAUUGAUUAUGUACGUAAAGACAUAUGGAGCCAGCCAGCCAAUAUUCGUGAAAUGAAUGGACGAUGUCUGGGAAAUAUGGUGCUAAAUCUUCCUGCUUGUGAAAUUAAUCAUGAAAUAGCACGCUGGAAGUAUUCCUUUGUUCGAAGCCAAUCGAAGAGAGAUCAGCAGUUAUUAUGUAAUAUGAAUAGCGGGGAUCCGGUUGUUGUGUCGAGCAUGGAGGGGCAUAUUAAUUUAGCGAUGGGAUUUAUUACGGCAAUUACACCGUCAGAAAUUAUAUUGACUUUGGCAGAACCACUACGGAGUCCUCCACAGGCUGGUGAGGAUUUUAUACAAGGAGAAAAUGAAUCUUUUCAUACAUUUGUUCGUUUUAGCGGUGACAUUGAAGGCUAUUAUAGUCGCCGACACAUUGAAUAUAGAAUUGAUAAAGACGACAUGGCAACUGGUAUGAACCUGCUCCGUCACAAUUUGGUCAAAUUGGUGGCGAAAAACAGUAAUGACGAGAGAGGACGAAGACUCAGGGAACUUAUCAUCGACUUAGAAAAGCCGAUCUAUAAUACAACUAACCUCCACUUGCCCCCUACACCACAUAUGAAUCCAGAUCAGCGAAAUGCCUUGAAACAUGUAUUAAAGGCAAAAGACUAUAGUUUGAUUCUCGGUAUGCCUGGGACAGGAAAAACAACGACAACGGCAGAGAUCAUCAACUAUCUCGUUUCUCAAAACAAAACAGUGUUAGUAGCCGCAUAUACCCAUUCAGCGCUCGACAAUAUAUUACACAAGGUUCGAAAACACGGCAUUGAACUUUUGAGAUUAGGAAAUGUUGAUAAAGUGAUGCCUUCAUUAAGGGACUGUGACUCAUAUCAGCUACCGCCUAUUGUUCGUAAUAAAGAAGCUUUGGAAGAUGGUUUGGAUAAAUCGCUAUUCAACAUUUUAGCCGAAGCCCGACCCGAAGCUGUUACCUAUUUAGAAUAUCAAUAUCGUAUGGCGAAAGACAUCAUGGAUGUUUCUAACUUGCUUAUAUAUGACGGCAAAAUGAAGUGUGGUAAUCAUCGAGUUGCCACGAGAUCAUUAAAAAUUCCCGCCUUAGAAGCUGGGCUGAAAACAAUUCAUCAGGGCACAUCGGGGUGUCUUGGCUCUUCUACCUGUUGGUUACGAAGUAUCUUGGAUCCUAGGUAA